GAGAUUAUAAUAUAGCGGUGCGUUAGUUGCUUCAGUGACAAGUUGCGCAAUUCUGUUAAGAGUUUUAGUGCUUGUUACAAUUGUCAAAGUGUUAGUAAUUAAUCGUGCAUUUAUUACAGUGCAUGUUUAACUAUUUCAUCGAUAUUAUUAUUUGUGUUAUAGCUUUAUAUCAAAUUUAAAACAGUUCGUCAAGAUGCCAGUAAAGACUCCUGCUAUUGGAAUCGACCUGGGAACAACUUACUCUUGUGUCGGAUUUUGGCAGCACGGGAAAGUGGAAAUUAUUGCCAACGAACAAGGUAAUAGGACGACCCCGAGUUAUGUAGCGUUUACAGACACGGAGCGUCUCAUAGGCGACGGCGCAAAGGGCCAAGUAGCUAUGAAUCCUCAGAACACUGUUUUUGACGCUAAGAGACUUAUUGGAAGAAAAUAUGAUGAUCCGAAAAUUCAAGAUGACAUGAAACAUUGGCCUUUUAAAGUAGUCAACGAUCAUGGAAAACCUAAAAUUCAAGUGGAAUUUAAGGGUGAAACUAAGACUUUUGCACCUGAAGAGAUUAGCUCAAUGGUAUUGACAAAGAUGAAAGAAAUCGCAGAGGCCUAUAUUGGGAGUCCAGUGAGAGAUGCUGUCAUUACUGUUCCAGCUUACUUCAACGAUUCUCAAAGGCAGGCUACUAAAGACGCUGGAGUUAUCGCCGGCCUGAAUGUGCUCAGGAUCAUCAAUGAGCCUACAGCAGCUGCUUUGGCUUAUGGUCUAGAUAAAAAUCUCCAGGGAGAAAAGAAUGUGUUGAUUUUUGAUCUUGGUGGAGGAACUUUUGAUGUGUCUAUUCUAAAUAUUAGUGAAGGUUCUCUUUUUGAAGUAAAAUCUACUGCUGGAGAUACACACUUGGGGGGAGAAGACUUUGAUAAUCGUCUUGUCAAUCAUUUAGCAGAUGAAUUCAAGAGAAAGUUUCGCAAGGACUUGAAGACUAACCCAAGAGCCCUGCGCAGACUACGAACAGCAGCCGAACGAGCUAAGAGAACUUUGUCUUCAAGCACUGAAGCUGGUAUUGAAAUUGAUGCCCUGCAUGACGGAAUUGAUUUUUACACCAAAGUCUCUCGAGCACGCUUCGAAGAACUCUGUUCAGAUUUGUUCCGUAGCACUCUUCAUCCAGUGGAGAAGGCUCUCAACGAUGCAAAACUAGACAAAUCCUCAAUCCAUGAUGUCGUCUUGGUAGGCGGUUCUACAAGGAUCCCAAAAAUCCAAAGCCUUCUUCAGAACUUCUUCUCCGGAAAGACUCUUAACCUCUCCAUCAACCCAGAUGAAGCUGUAGCUUACGGAGCUGCAGUGCAAGCAGCUAUCUUGAGUGGUGACACUAGCACAGCCAUCCAAGAUGUCCUUCUUGUGGAUGUCGCUCCUCUAUCCCUUGGCAUUGAGACUGCUGGUGGUGUUAUGUCUAAAAUAAUAGAGCGCAAUUCAAGAAUUCCUUGCAAGCAGUCUCAGACAUUCACAACAUACGCCGACAACCAACCAGCCGUAACCAUUCAAGUGUUCGAGGGUGAGAGAGCUAUGACAAAGGACAAUAAUCUCCUUGGCACAUUUGACCUCACUGGAAUCCCACCAGCUCCUCGAGGAAUACCUAAGAUAGAUGUCACCUUCAACUUGGAUGCCAAUGGUAUCUUGAAUGUUACCGCUACAGACAACAGCUCUGGAAGAUCCAAGAACAUUACUAUUCAGAAUAAUAAAGGCCGUUUGUCUAAGGAGGAGAUUGAUCGGAUGGUAAAUGAAGCAGAGCAGUACAAGGAAGAAGACGAAAAGCAAAGAGAGAGGAUUGCCACACGCAACAAACUAGAGAGUUACAUGUUCAAUGUGAGAGCUGCGGUGGAUGAAGCAGGUGACAAGCUAAAUGAUUCUGACAAGGCUAGAGUACGAGGAGAGUGUGAACAGAUACUCAAGUGGCUUGACAGCAACACCUUGGCAGACAAGGAGGAAUAUGAAGAGAAGCUGAGAGAGCUAACUCUUACCUGCUCGCCCAUUAUGUCCAAGCUGCAUGGAGCUGGACAACAAGGAUCCAACAAUAUGCACGGUGGUCCACAAGGGUUUAACAAUAUGCAGGGUGGUGCCCAAGGAUUCAACAACAUGCAUGGAGGUCCAACUGUAGAAGAAGUUGACUAAAGAUAAACAAAUAAUGUCAUCAUUAUAUUUUAUUAAGUAUGCAUGUAUUUUUGAGUUUUUUACAGUAGAUUAUUAAACUAUUGUACUAUAUUGGUCUUUAGAAUGUAGAAAUUAUGUGUUUUAUUCUAAUACUACUUUUACUUUUACAUUUAUAUUUUGUUAUUGAUUUACAAUAAGUAUUACUUAUGACUGAUAAUACUGAACAAAGCCAAAAAUAUAGACUGAAUCGUCUUUAUUUAUAGGUUAUUAUUAGAUAAGACCGUUUCAUUACAAUUUAUACAUGAUUUUAUCUAGUGACUCUAAUUGCAAGUUUCUAUAUGUAUACUUGUAACUUUUAAUUAUUAAAUAAAGUCUUACUUUAAA